UUUUCUUUGUUUGCAAAUAAAAAGCCCUCUUUUUCCCUUUCUCUCAACUGUCUCUCCGUGUUCACCUCGCGUGCCCAGCAGUCAGACAAAGCUAGAAUCAGAUAGAGAGAUAUAGAGAGAGAGAGAGAGAGAGAGAGAGAGAAUUGGAGAGGGUGUUUGUUGAUUUAUAUCAAACAACCCACCACUUGAACUCAACCCCUUUCGCUUUGGCCUCUAAUCGUCGAACUUCCCUGAUCUUCGUUUUUGUUCCGAAUCCGAUCUCUACCUCCGAAAUCGCGUUUUGAUCCGUUGGAUAGCACCGAAACGCUGCGUUUUUGAGGUGAUUCGUUGUGGGUUUUGAUUUUCUCGGUAGUUUAAGGUUGUUAAGAGGAGCGGGAUUGGACGAGACUGUGUUGAGGAAUUCUUUUUUGGGUGAUGAAUGAUGUUGACCUCAUUGGUUUGGUCGUGAAGUAAUAUGGAACUGGUUGUUACACGCCAAAACGAUGACGCUUUACAUUGGUCGCGAGGCUUCGAAGCUAUGGAAGAGAGUUUGCGCAGAGACAACGACGGAGAUCUAUCUUCUUGCAGAGAAUUGGAAGUACCUUCUCGCCGGUCUCAUUCUUCAGUAUGUACAUGGUCUGGCUGCCCGAGGAGUUCAUUAUCUGCAUCGGCCAGGGCCAAUACUUCAGGAUGUUGGGUUCUUUCUUCUCCCGGAGCUUGGGCAAGACAAAGCUUACAUCAGUGAGACUCUGUUCACCUUCAUUUUUCUAUCUUUUGUCUUGUGGACUUUCCAUCCAUUCAUCUUGAAGAGCAAAAAGAUCUACACAGUUCUAAUUUGGUGCAGGGUUCUAGCAUUUUUAGUUGGUUCUCAAUUUCUCCGGAUCAUAACAUUUUAUUCUACCCAGCUUCCUGGUCCAAACUAUCACUGUCGUGAGGGUUCAAAACUUGCCACGCUGCCUCGUCCUGAUAGUGUGGUUGAAGUCCUCUUGAUUAAUUUUCCCCGGGGCAUAGUGUAUGGUUGUGGUGAUUUGAUUUUUUCAUCCCACAUGAUAUUUACUCUAGUCUUUGUGCGCUCGUACCAGAAAUAUGGCUCUCGAAGGUUUAUAAAACAGUUAGCUUGGUUGCUUGCUGUUGUCCAGAGUUUCUUGAUUGUAGCAUCCCGCAAACAUUACACGGUUGAUGUUGUUGUUGCAUGGUAUACUGUUAAUUUGGUGGUGUUCUUUAUAGACAAGAAAUUGCCAGAAUUGCCUGAUCGGACUAGUGGAGCAGCAUUGUUACCCUUGAAUACCAAAGACAAAGACAGCAGGACCAAAGAAGAGAAUCACAAACUUUCGAAUGGGAACUCUGGAGACCCCGCAGAUUGGAGGCAGAGAACUCAAGUCAAUGGCAAGACUCUGGAAGAUGGAAACACAGGCCAUCCUGACACUGCAAUGAAUGGUGUAUAGAUAAUGGAAAAGCUGAUGCUGCAGCAAUGUCGACUGGAGCUGCUAAAAAAAAGGACUGCUGGUUAGAUGUUCAUGCUCUCUAAAGGGUUUAGUUGAUUGUAUGGUGGGCUGUUAUUCUAACCUAAUUACAAUAUGCUAGAAGUGGAAUUUGGCUUGUGCUUUAUUGCAUUUUGCGGUCUUGCUCCUUUAUGUUGUGGUUAAUAUAAUUUAUUAUCUGCAUCGGCUUGUACCUUGAA